AUGCUGUUAAUCAAGAAUUUUUCUCUUGCUUCAGCCGCUUUGUGCUGUCUCCUGGAAAGCAGUCUUGCUGUCCCACACCAGCCAGCCCGAAUAGUCAAACGCGACGAGCCGGAUUUCAUCCUGAAUUGGGACCUAUUUCGACGAUGGCAACACAUGCAGGAAAGCAUUGCUGAGAUGGAGGUACCUGAAAUAGAUGAUGUGACAAUGGCAGAGUGGGACCCGAGCACGAAAACCCUCACAUGGGAAUGCUAUACGCUUGUGAUGGGAGCGCAAAUCGCAGGAGUCGCUGCGGUAAUCAAUAAGGCAACACUUGAUCCAUACCCUGAGCCGACUGUUAUUACCAAGCGAAGCUCCGGCGAGGCGAAUCAGGUCAUUUAUGGAGCUAGUCUGCAGAAGAAAUGCAGCAUUAACCCAAACGUGCUUGCUGUGAUCGAUUAUGUUUACUCGGAAGGAAGGCGAAAUUACGGAUGGUCGAUCAUGCCCUAUAUUUCUGAAGGCUCACUGGAAACGAACUUCGAUUCCUACCCGGAUCAAAGCUCGAUAAACGCAGCAUUUAAACAGAUGCUGAAUGCUGUCGCUGGGGUGCAAAGUGAAGGCAUUAUUCAUCGUGAUAUCAAGCCCGAGAAUUUCCUGAAAGACGGUGAUACUCUAAAGCUCAUGGAUUUCGAUCAAUCAAGAGAAACCUCCUCCUCUGCCCAAUUCGAUGUCGGCACACCAUCCUACAUUGCCCCAGAGAUCAUCGCCAUGAAAUCGGAUACAGGUACAACGUAUGACUACAAGGUGGACACAUUCUCAAUCGCUAUGAGCUUCAUGGUCAUGUCAGUCUCAGAACUCAGGGAUUCGACCACUCGAUUCCAGCUGUGGAAGGAUCUCAUUGAGCCUGAUGGUAAGACUCUGUGGCCUUCGGCAGCAACCGUGGCAACCCUUUUGAAGGCAAGAAACUAUGCAGUCUUCAGUGGUAACGACGACCUUCUCAAUGUGCUCGCUAAGGCUCUGUGUAAGCCAAGCGAGCGCUACGAUCCACAGGGUUUCAAGGCGGCUUUCGCUACAAUAGCAUAG